CCUGGCUCUGAACGUCACACUGGCGCUGGAACUCCACUAAGUAGCGAUGGUGUUGUGGUUAUCCACGCCGCCGACACCUCUCUGAGUGUUACCUGGUACUAGAGACCAUCUGGGGAAGCUCACCACGCAUGGAGUUGAGCUCGUUUGGUGGCAACGCUGGACAUGUCGCAGAUCAGAAGCCAGGACGAUGAGCCUUUUGGUGGUGACGGUGACUACGAGAGCUUGCCACCUCAUGUCUCUGUGGCGACCCACAUGACAGCAGGAGCCGUGGCUGGCAUACUGGAGCACACGGUGAUGUACCCCGUGGACUCUGUCAAGACAAGGAUGCAGAGCCUGCAGCCGGACCCAAAUGCACAGUACAGGGGCGUGUAUGAGGCUCUGAAAAGGAUCAUCAGAACAGAGGGGGUCUUCAGACCGCUGAGGGGCCUCAACAUCACCAUGAUCGGAGCGGGACCUGCCCAUGCACUCUACUUCGCCUGCUACGAACGGCUCAAACGCUCACUAAGUGACAUCAUUCAGAGUGGAGGCAACAGCCAUCUAGCCAAUGGCGUGGCAGGUAGUGUGGCCACUGUUCUCCAUGAUGCAGUCAUGAACCCCGCCGAAGUGAUAAAGCAGAGGAUGCAAAUGUACAAUUCGCCUUAUCGAGGACUUUGGGACUGUGUCCAAACAGUAACGCGUACUGAGGGCGUGGGAGCCUUUUACCGCAGCUACAGCACCCAGCUGACCAUGAACAUCCCAUUCCAGGCCGUUCACUUCAUCACCUACGAGCUGAUGCAGGAGCAGUUGAACCCACACAGACAUUACCACCCCGGCAGCCACAUAGUGUCGGGAGCGGUGGCAGGUGCCGUUUCAGCAGCAAUAACCACUCCGCUCGACGUCUGUAAAACUCUGCUCAACACACAAGAGAAUGUAGCGCUCAACUCCGUAAACAUCAGCGGACACUUAUCGGGAAUGGCUAACGCCUUCAGGACAGUGUACCGGCUCGGUGGUCCGGCGGCCUUCUUCAAAGGGGUCCAAGCUCGGAUUAUAUACCAGAUGCCCUCCACUGCCAUCGCCUGGUCAGUGUAUGAGUUCUUCAAGUACUUCCUGACAAAGCAGCAGCUGGAAUCAGAGGGAAGACCUCGACCGAUGUAAUGGAGAGUGUGUUCAAGCUGAUCACGCCUAGACUGGAGCUGACGGAGAAGAAGGCUCCACCCUGUUGCUGCGUGAGAUGGCUGUGUUUGUUAAGUUAUUACCUCACAGUGCAGUCGUCAUGGUGGAGGAGUGACUAAGAAUGGCACUCCUUAUUGUUGACAUACCCAAGUCUGUGUGUUUUCAAGUUAAGAUGAUGUUGCGCAACUGGGAUACGCUACAGAGUUGGUCGCUCUUAAAAGGUCAAAUACACGCACAAGAGCCGAAUCUUCCUCCUCCUCCACCUCGCACUCACGUCAACUCUCCAAACAGUCUUUCCUACAUGUGGCAAGAUUCUAAACAAGUUGUCCUGAAUGACGUUUAAAGUUCUCAAUAUUAGAACUUUUUAUUUAUUUUGUUAGCUUUCUGAGGCUUGUAUUUUAUGGAUAUGGAAAAAAACACAGUGCUGUUUGUUUGUUUUAUUACAUCAUGUAUUUAUAUGAAAAAAAAAACAAAAAACAUUGCAACACAUUCCUUCUUUUCACUCUAAGGCGAACAGAACAGUUGUGCUUUCCAAGUGCCUUGUAGAUAUUAAACGCUGCUUCAGCUUUCCUUCUUUCACUCUGAUUGUUGACUGAGAAAAUAUAAUUUUGCUUUAAUCCCACGUUUCACUUCUGUUUUGUCCAAUUUCUAGCAAUGAAGUGUAUCAUUUGUUAUUGGAUGAAAUCUUAUCUUGGCUCUCUAUGUCAUAAAUGGCCACAUGUGUCAAAUCUGUACUUACUAAACUGAACGAUUUGGGGUUUUUUUCCAAUAAGCAAAAAAACGGGAUGUUUCAGCAUUUUUAUUUUUUUGUUACAGCAUUUGUUCUUCAAGUGCAAACUACUUUUAUUCCUCCCUGAGAGACCGUCUUUCUCUCUCAGUUUGAUGUGUGUACGCUGUAAUAGUCCAGUUAUAUGCCUUGUUAAAACACAGCACUACAACGCUUCUGAAUCAUGCACAAUGGAGUGCUGCAGGGAUGAUAUAGUUUUGUAGGCUACCCUGGAAGUUACCAUCACCCUGGUUUCCCGUCAAGAAAUUGAGCUGUGGCAAACACAAGUUUAUGAUACUUGCAUGUUUUGUUCAGCAUGAUAAUCUCCAAAGAACACAACACCAUUUAUUAUGAUUUUUGAAGCGUAAAUGAAGUCGGCAGAAGUAAAAACCUUGUUUACAUGACUUCAGUGUCAACCAGUAACCAAUACAUUGAGCAAUCUAUGAGUUAUUUUGCAACUUAAGUUGACCUGUAAAGACAGCCUCUGUAGUCUCAUUUGUUGGCAACUGCCUUUUAUAAGAUACAUAAAUGUUUCAUAAUUUUAAUGUGGGAUAUUUACUGAUGUGUUUUUCUGUUGACCAGCAAAACUUGAAAAUCUCUUAAUUGUGUGUUAACCACAGACCUUAUUUCGGGCAUUCAGCCAAAAAACCUGUUGAAAAAACCCACUGAUUGACAAAGACGAGGGAAUUUAAAAAAAUGGUAACUUAUGUCCGGGUUGUAGGACUCGUUCCUGGGGCACUCCAUAAUAGUUUAAUAACUUAAAGAACCACACCUGUUGCAGAAAGAAGGCAGCUAAAAACAUGAAUAUAUAAUUGUGGGUGACUAUUUUUGAGAACCUUCAAUGUGCAGGUCCAAAGACGGAUCUCAGAUAAGGCUGUUACUUGAGAGGGUGACCAUAUCUUAACCUUCAUGUGCAUUUGUACUGGUGUGUUGUUUAGCUCGCGAGUGGGUUGUUUAAUGUGUGUCAUAUUGAACCUGAACCCGAAGGUUAUAGUGUGUGUAUAGACAUAUAAAUAUAUUGUGUAUAUACAAUAGUUUCAGAGUAUAAGUUUGGAUGAAACAGACUUUCUGUGAUGCAAUAUAACAUAACUUUAAUUCUUUUUUUAAACUGACCAAUGGUCUUGCACUCCCCCUCACCAUGAGACCAGUGAAAGCCUGUUCAAAGCAGGUGGAGAGCAGGCAGCGUCAUUUCUUUCAUUCUCACUCGUCCUGUUGUCGUCACACGUUUCCUGUGUGCUCACUGCUCCCUCCAGCCUCCAGCCGCUUGCCUAUUUUCCAUUCAGAAGUCAAGACAUUCCUCCAGAUAUUGAUGUAAUCCAGCAAGCGGCCAGAUUUAUUUGUUUUUAAUUAUGGAGGGUUUUUUUUUCCCCUUCCUUUGGUAAAGUUCAAAGAGUUUGUUGGAUUCCAGUAGUCUCACAAACCCUCGAGCAACACGUUCAUUAUGCUUGUAUUUUAGGGUAAUUGUUAAUAUACCAAAGACAUGCAUUCUACUCUAUGCAUCUUACUUUUAACCUGUAAUUAUGACGCUGUUUGCCUGCCUGCUGUGAGCUGUCAUUCCACCUUUUGGCUCCACAGUUUCCACUCGUUAAACUGCCUAAUCACUUGAAUUCUCUGGAUUUCUCGUUGAGCGCUUGAGGCUUAUUUCCUGUUUGUGUUUGAAGCUUAAUGUGUCAGGAAAAUAUUCGCUGCCUCAGCAUUUUUUUUUUUAUUUGCUCCUUCAAAAUGUUACAUUGACGACGAAAGUACUUGAACUAAAGCAGUUAAAGGUGGAACUUGACUUGUAUAUUUUGGAAAAAUGUAACCCUGUUUAUAUUUACUGAUCAGUGGCUUUAGGCAAUAUAAGCUAGUUGUAUUGAAUGCAAUAUGGAUUUUACAUGAUUGGAUAAAAUGCUUGAAUAUUAAUAUGGCAAAAUUGGCAUUGAUUUAUACAUCUGUUUGACAAUUAGAUUAGACUGUAGCCCACAUUGUGUUAGUUGGAUCCACUGACAAAACUCCUCUGAUUGUAAGUUAAUCGCAUGAUUAACAAAAGUGAAAUGAAGUCAGUCAGAAUAGUUGUUCUCUUUUUUUGUUUUGCAUUAUGACAAUGCGACACUGCCUGCACUCCACCUUCGUUCCUCUCAGUGUGUCGAUUCAUGAUAGUGAAUCCUAAUGUUGCAACAACUGUGUCUAACGUGUCAAAGUAGUUUCUAAUAGAUGCUCGCAUUUAAAGGAGAAGACAGGAGGGCUGAUAUUAAAUGUGGGCCGUUCCAUGAUGUAAAUACUUUUACGCUAUAUACGCACAAAUGAUUGAAAUGGGAGCUGGGAUGUUUUGUUUGUUGUGUGCCAUCUCCAGAACAAGAAUGCUUGGACGUAUGUCCAUGCAAAUAUGAAAUGAUUGUGAUGAUGCUGCUACAGUAUGUAACACUGGAGCUGAAAUAAACACGCAAGUGAGGAA